GCUCGCCGGCCGCCAAUGGCCGCCUCGGAGCCCACCUUGGGAACGGGGCGGGACGCCCAGCUGGCGUCACCAGGACAACGGGCGUUGCCGGCGCCGUGUGACUCCGGGCUGCGGGCGCGCUCGCGGCUCUUCGGCCAUGGCCCCGCUGCCUUCAAACUGCUGCUCCUCUGUCUUGGAAUGAGAGCUACGUCAUGCAGGCUCUUGAAGAGCACAGACUUGGUUUCCGGGAGCCCUCUGACUCUCGCCGAGGUUUUCUCAAAUAACGAUGAAGGCCUUAUUAACAAAAAGUUACCCAAAGAACUUCUCUUAAGAAUAUUUUCCUUCUUGGAUAUAGUAACUCUGUGCCGAUGUGCACAGAUUUCCAAGGCCUGGAACAUUUUAGCCCUGGAUGGAAGCAACUGGCAAAGAAUAGACCUUUUUAACUUUCAGACAGAUGUGGAGGGUCGAGUAGUGGAAAAUAUCUCCAAGCGAUGCGGUGGGUUCCUGAGGAAGCUCAGCCUGCGGGGUUGCAUCGGUGUUGGGGACUCCUCCUUGAAGACCUUUGCACAGAACUGCCGCAACAUUGAACAUUUAAACCUCAAUGGUUGCACCAAAAUCACUGACAGCACGUGUUAUAGCCUUAGCAGAUUCUGUUCCAAGCUGAAACAUCUGGAUCUGACUUCCUGUGUGUCUAUUACAAACAGCUCCUUGAAGGGGAUCAGUGAGGGCUGCCGAAACCUGGAAUACCUGAACCUGUCGUGGUGUGACCAGAUCACGAAGGACGGCAUCGAGGCGCUGGUGCGAGGUUGUCGCGGCCUGAAAGCCCUGCUCCUGAGGGGCUGCACGCAGUUAGAAGACGAAGCCCUGAAGCACAUUCAGAAUUACUGCCACGAGCUCGUGAGCCUCAACCUACAGUCCUGCUCGCGCGUGACGGAUGAAGGAGUCGUGCAGAUUUGCCGCGGCUGCCAUCGGCUGCAGGCCCUGUGCCUCUCCGGCUGCAGCCACCUCACGGACGCCUCCCUCACAGCCCUGGCUCUCAACUGCCCGCGACUCCAUCACUACCUUUUCCUCCCGUGCGCUUCGCAUCCCAGGAUUUUGGAGGCUGCUCGGUGUUCCCAUUUGACUGAUGCAGGCUUUACACUUCUAGCUCGGAAUUGCCACGAUCUGGAGAAGAUGGAUCUUGAGGAAUGCGUCCUGAUAACCGACAGCACUCUCAUCCAGCUCUCCGUCCACUGUCCCAAGCUGCAAGCCCUGGGGGACGGGCGUGAAAAUACCUCGCAGGAUCCUAAAUGAGCCGUGAAGAGUGUCACCGAGACUCUUGGCCAUGCGGACCUCUCGUGCACAUUUCACGAGCGGCCGUUAGACGGCGAGCGAGCCCGGACAAGGAAGGCAUCCUUGCAUUCACUGGGCGAGCCCGUGUAAGCUGUGCUGUGCCCCUGGACACACUGCCUCGUUUUAAUCCCCCCACAGCCCUGGGUGGAGGCACUCUGGACGUCCCCUUUUUAGCGGUGAGGACCCUGCGGCUCAGAGCAGCUAAGAAAGUUGCCCGAAGUCGCACGACUGCUCAGAGGCCCCAGAUCUCUUGGCCUCCACGGAGUCUGGUCUUUCUCCUCCCCCUGAGGCACACCACAGGUUUUUCUUAAGCUACAGAAACUGUGGUCUUUGAAACUUGCUCUCUCCUCGGGGGCUAGAACUUUUUAUAACGUCAUUCAAACUCCUUUGGCCUUGAGUUAUCGUCCCCACCAGUUUUCCUUAUGGUCACAUUUCCUCUGGAUACUUUUCCCUCCAGGUACUAGUCCAGCUGGACGUGGACAGCUCUGGUACUUUCUUUUUUGUGAAGGGUCUGGAGUCAGAUUGUAUCCAAAGCCUCUAAAUUGUCUCCCUCCCUACAUGUCUGCAUAUGGAAUGCAGAUACUUUUGUAGUGCUGCCUUUACUCCCAAAUUAGUUCAGAUCCAGUUUUAUAAUUGACUUGACCCUCUCUACUCCUAUCCCCCUUGACCCCCAGGCUCUCAGAGAUGGGAAAUUCAGGAGCCCUGUGCUUUAUUUCCCACUUCAACCCCUCCUCUUGGCUGCUCAGCGUUCUUGCUGCCCUGCCCUGAGGUACCCUGCACUCAGACUCCCAGGCCUUCAUCAGCAUCCACCAGAAAUCUCAGAUCAGGGUGGAGGGGCCCAAGUGGAGGCCCACCCGGCACAGCAAACCUCCUACUAGCUCUGUGCCUCCCGAGGAGUGUGGGGCCCGCUGGCGACAGAGUGGGUCCGUCUGACAGAUGUCAGGUGUUCUCCCAGCAGGGACACUGGCGACUGAAAGUCUUCUCCAUCUUGUCCCUAUACUUCUACAAGCUCCUUCUAGAAAUGGGACUUAGAAUGAAAGAUGAGCUAUAAUAAGGCCAAAAGUCCAAGAGCCCCAAAUAAAAACUAAGAAGGAUUAUUAGCAGAAAAGCAGGGAAACAGUGGCAGUUGCAGUCCAAGCUUAGCGUUGAUAAUGCGUAAUCGCCGGGACAGAACAAGGAACGAUCUGGAUUACGUCUGUUGCACGUUCACCCCAUUCAGCCUACGAACUCCUGUUGGCCACCACGUGCCAGGCUCUAUUCUAGGCCCCGGAGAAUAAAAGACGGGUCAUCAGGGGGCACCUGGUGGCUCAGUCGGUUGAGUGUCUGACUCGACUUCAGCUCAGGUUGUGAUCUCGUGGUUUGUGAGUUCCUGCUUGGCAUUCUCUCUCUCCCUCGCUCUGCCCCUCCUCCACUCGCACGCUCUCAAAAUGAAUAAACUUAAAAGAAAUCCUGAAACUUUUUCAAAAAUGAAAAAAAAAUUCACCAGGAGAGGCCAACUUGAUGCUCACUCUGAAACUCUGGAGAGGUGGCCUGGGUCCUCGUUUUGUGGAUACCAUGCUCCGGGAGCGCUAGGCACUGUGACGGGGGCAGCCCUCAGGUGAGAGCGCGGGCCUGGGGAGAAAUGCGCGUCUCCCGUGCGGAUGGCGCCCGUGUGCAGCGCCCGUGCCCGCAGUGCACCCGGAGGUUAGAGGCCGGCAGGCCGUGAGUGUGCCCAGUGACUCCUGCCCACCCCUUCCCCGCAGGCCUCAUGCUGAGCCAGGCGGCCACCGAGAGCAGCCCCGUGCCGGCCAGCGGGCGGCCCGCCUUAUUGAGGGAGCUUCAGACGGUGCUGUCUCUCGACAGAGCUGGGGACGGGCCUCUCUGGGGUCCCCCUUGGGGACCGUGACCCCAGCCUGCAGAGAUCAGAGGAGGCAGUUACUACUGGGGGGGAAGGCUCCACAGACUCAGAAUUUUGGGAAACGGCUUUUGUGUCUUACUGUAAAGAUCUGUGAGCAGGAGGACGGAAGUGACCGCCGGUCCAAAGCCAGGUGACCAUCACGUCUCAGCUCCCAACAUUUCAGUUUCUGAGGCCGUCCUUAGACGCGCCCUACUUUUAACUUGUAGGCUUAGGCCGUGUCGCCGGUAGGUUCUGUUGAUUUUCAAACUUGCUUUGUUUCCUGCUUUCGUUUUCAAUGCCAGAGCCAGUUCGGAGGGACUUUUGAAAAUCUUAUUAUGCAACUCAUUUGUCCCAGAGGCUAUCCAAGAAGAAUUUUAGCAGUUUAUUAUAUACACAUUAAAAAAAUUUUUUUUUAACAUUUAUUUGUUAUUGAGAGACAGAGCAUGAGCAGGGGAGGGGCAGAGAGAAGAGGAGACAGAAUCAGAGGCAGCCUCCAGGCUCCGAGCCGUCAGCAUAGAGCCCGACGCGGGGCUCGAACCCACAAGCCACGAGAUCGUGACCUCAGCUGAAGUCGGACGCUUAACCGACUGAGCCCCCCAGGCGCCCCAGGCAGUUUAUUAUAUUAAAGAGUAAGGAAUAUACCCUAAAAGCAAAAGCCCCAUUCCUGUCUUCAUUGCUGUAGAGCUUUAUCUUUCAUCCAGAUUGGUCAGAGCUCAGGGAUGUUGUGUAGGAAGCCCAGGCCGUCAGGGGCCUGGUCAGUCACUGCCCUUUCAGAAUGACAAGACUUUAAGUCACCCAACUGCUAGAAGGCCACUCCUGGGGAUACGAGACAAUCUCGUUAUCGAAACGCUACUCAACUGCUCUAGAGGAAAAAUAGGGACUUGGUACCAUUUAGGUGAAUACGUUGUCCAUUUUAAAGUGAAACAUUUAACGCCUUGGAAGAUAACAGCGUGAAGCAGACUGUGUGCUGUCGAUGUCUCAGUGUCGCAGCUCACAAUCUGACCAGCAUCUCCUGUCUUUCCCAGUCACUCCUGUCACCCACCUGCAACCCGAAUCGAACCUAAAUGGGUACUUUGAACCCACCAUCUUGGGAUUGCCAGUCCCCACUCGAUGUCCCCUCCCUCUCCCUUAAAUCGUCUGGUCACUUAUUAACUCACUCCCUUGAUCCUCAAGAUUCACCUUCACUUAGCACAGCUGUCGUUCUGUUUAACUCUCAGCUGCUGAGCCAGGUGUUCUUUUUUAAUUUUUUUUAAGUUUACUUAUUUGUUUUGAGAGGCAGAGACAGCAUGAGUGGGGGAGGGGCAGAGAGAGAAGGAGAAAGAAUCCCGAGAGGACCCCACGCUGUCAGCGCAGCGCCCCAUGCGGGACUUGAACCCGUGGAACCGUGAAACUGAGUCGGACGCUUGACCGACUGAGACACCCAGCUGCCCCUGCUGAGCCAGCCUCGAAGCAGGAGCAGGCAUAAGGCCGAGAAGGGCUUACCAGCCGUUUGUGUGCUGGAAACAGUACAUACUCUUAGUCUGACGGAAGCCAUGGCUGGGUUUCAGAGUGAGGGAGGAGAGGACAUGAGGCUCAGUGACAGGCAGGACCAGGGCCUCACGGCUCCUGCUAAGUGGGCAGACCUGUCCCUCUCCAGGGUGUCUGUGAGACCGCCCAGGCUGACGGUGAGAAGCGGAGGUGAGGGCUCGCAGUCCAAAGGCCCGGUGUUCCGUGGCAUGCCGAGAGCCAGCUGGCCCAUAUUUUGCUUCCAAAUUAGGGACCCUGGUUUAUUCAUGCCUUCUGGUUAUCUCAGCUAGACUCGGGUCACUCCUGAAACUUUAUGAGCAGAGCAAGUCCAAGCCCACAGGGGACCCACAAAUCCUGUACCAGCUGCUGGGGCUAAACCCCACUCCCAGUACACAGUAUCCCAUGGCUGAGACUUUAAGUUUAUCCUCACUGAGGUCUUAUCCUCCGAUGUGGGUGCAUCCAAAUUUAUGAUGGCUAGCUACAUCUUCCUGAUGAAUUGACAUUUUUAUCACUAUUAAAUGUCCUUUAUCAUUGAAAAAACUCAUUGUCUGGAAGUCUACCAAUAUUAAUAUGUCUUUUUAUGCUUACUUUUUGCCUGGCAUCUCAUUUUCUUCCAGCUUGUCUAUGUUUUUAUAUAUAAAGACUGGCUUGAUUUUA